GGUUUUGUGAGGCGUCGAAUUCCAGCUGCUUAGCAAUGGCCAAAGUCCUGAUCGGUGCCGCCAUCGGCUUCGGAGGAGCAGCCGUUGCGGUCCCACUGAUGGUGGGAGCCAUCGGCUUCACUGCCGCAGGGAUUGCGUCAGGAUCCAUCGCGGCCAACAUGAUGUCGGCUGCCGCCAUUGCCAACGGUGGAGGCGUCGCCGCUGGGAGCAUGGUCGCCGUCUUGCAAUCCAUCGGCGUGGUUGGCCUUUCAGCAGGUACUAAAGCCGCACUCACAGGCCUGGGAGCUCUCGUGGCCCUGUUUUAAAAGUCCAGCUGUACGCAAAAAAGCCUGUCCAUCACCAGAAUGGCUAAAGGAUAAGAAUGUUGUGUUGAUGCAAAUC